AUGAUUUUGAUACCAUUAUCUUUUGGUGAGAUGUAUACGUCAUUAUUGAACGUCAAACAAGCCAUCAUUGUUGAAAGACAACUUAUUGAUCAUUUAGAAACUUAUAUUGAACACGAAUCGGAGAGACUUGAAGACAUCAAAAGGUUUUAUGCAAAGGUGUCAGAAUUGCACAGUGAGGUGUACAAUGGACCAUCAGCUGCUAUGGCAAACCCCUUGGUGGCGUUUACUCUUAUCAAGCGCUUGCAGUCCGAGUGGAUUAAUCUGAUCUACAGUGAUGAAGCACAAGAGAACACCCAAGCCUUCAGGUCCGGUUACGAGGAGGUGGAGGAGGAGGGAAGCUUGCCAAAACUGGAGGACCUUCAGGGGGCGGCCAAUGGGUUGAUGAGACUGCAGGAUGUGUAUGCCCUUCAAGUGGGGGGACUUGUGAGAGGUCACUUCCAGAGGAUCACUAACGGCAACCCCAUUGACAUCUACAGUCCCACAAUAUAUGUUCUUCUUUCUGGGGAUGACUGCUUCCUGGUUGGGAAGGUUGCCUAUGAGUUGGAGGACUACUACCACUCAGUGCAGUGGCUGGAGGAGUCAGUGCGUCUUUUCCGAAGGGCAGGGGGGGAAUGGAGCCCAGAGAAUGAGGGAACUCUGGAAGAUGCUCUGGAUCACCUGGCCUUCUCUCACUUCAAGACAGGAAACAUCUCCUAUGCACUGAGUCUCUCUCAGGAGUUGUUGAACCAUGAUCCCAUGAACAGGAGAGUUUUGAAGAAUGUAGAGAAGUAUGAGCGACUGCUUGUUGACAAUCCACCAUCACUGAGCGCUGACACUGGGUUGAAGAGGCCCAACACCACCUAUCUACGGACAAGGAACACCUACGAGAGACUGUGUCGGACACAGGGCACUCCGCCAAUGCGUUAUGAAAACCCCCGGCUGUUCUGUGACUAUUUCAACAAUGACAGUCCUGGGCUACUACUGCAGCCAAUCAGACGGGAGUUGCUGUGCCUGCAGCCGUAUGUGGUCCUCUACCACAGCUUCAUCACUGACUCAGAGGCAGAGCGCAUCAGGGACCUCGCCCAGACAGGGUUAAGGAGAUCUGUGGUGGCAUCUGGAGAGGAACAGGCUACUGCAGAGUAUCGCAUCAGCAAGAGUGCAUGGCUAAAGGACACAGCCCACCCUAUCAUUGGGAGGCUGGACCAGAGAAUCACCUUGCUCACAAGUCUCAAUGUGCAGCCUCCAUAUGCAGAGUACCUCCAAGUGGUGAACUAUGGGAUUGGAGGACACUAUGAACCUCAUUUUGACCAUGCAACGUCAGCAUCAAGCCCCCUUUUUAGGCUCAACACUGGGAAUCGAGUGGCAACCUUCAUGAUAUACCUCAGUUCUGUGGACGCAGGUGGGUCCACAGCCUUCAUCCACGCUAACUUUAGCGUUCCUGUUGUGGAGAAUGCUGCCCUAUUCUGGUGGAACCUCCAUAGGAACGGUCAAGGAGAUGGGGACACUCUGCAUGCUGGCUGCCCUGUCCUUGUUGGGGACAAAUGGGUGGCUAACAAAUGGAUCCAUGAGCACGGCCAGGAGUUCCAGAGACGCUGCAGCCCAAAUCCUGAGGAGUGA